AUGGCAAUCCAAAAAUACGACACAAUCGGCGCUUCCUACAACGACGUUUCCCAACUCGCCACCGGCAAACUCCAACUAGCAGCCAUCCAAGCCCUAAUCGGCGACAUCAAAGGACUCACCGUCCUCGAACUAGCCUGUGGACCCGGCUUCUACUGCCGAAAAGCCAUCUCAUGGGGCGCCCGCCACGCCACGGGGGUCGACAUCUCCCCAACAAUGGUCCACGCGGCACGCGCCAACGCAAAAGGGGAUAAGCGAAUGGAAUUCCACAUCGCAGAUUGCAUCCAGCCCUUCAAUUUCAACAUCGGUCAAUUCGACAUCAUCCUCGCACCAUGGUUACUGAACUAUGCCCGAAACGAGUCCGAGCUUGUAGGCAUGUGGCGCAAUGUCUAUAACAGCCUGAAGCCCGGUGGGAAGGUUAUUGGGAUUACUACGAACCUUCAUCUACUGGAUAACCCUGCUGCGUUUCCUACGGGGCGGCGUUUCGGGCAGGAAUUGGAAGUACUGGGUGCGAUUGAGGAUGGGGGGUUGGAAGUGAGGGCGACUUUGUUUACGUCGAAGCCUUUUUCUUUUACGAAUUAUUAUUUGCCGAGUGUGUUGUAUGAGAAAUCGGCUUUGUUGGCUGGGUUGAGUGAUUUUCGGUGGAUUUCUAUUACUGAGGCUCUUUUGGGGGAUUGUGAGGUCGAUUGGGAUGCGUUUUCGAAAUGUCCUCCUUUCUUGACUUUUACGGCGGUGCGGCCGUUGGAUGUGUUGAAAUGA